UUUUGAGAGAAAUCAAUCAAGACAUGGAAGGGAUCAGGCACAGGAUGGUGAGUGUCAAUGGAAUUCAAAUGCACAUAGCAGAGAAAGGAGAAGGCCCAGUAGUUCUUUUCCUUCAUGGGUUUCCUGAAAUCUGGUAUUCAUGGAGGCAUCAGAUUGUUGGAUUGAGCUCACUUGGAUACCAUGCUGUUGCACCAGACCUUAGAGGGUAUGGAGACAGUGAAGCUCCAGCUGAUAUCAGUAGCUACAGUUGUCUUCACAUUGUUGGUGAUCUUAUUGAACUGAUUGAUUCCAUUGGAGCAGAGAAAGUUUUUCUGGUUGCUACUGAUUGGGGUGCCAUGAUUGGAUGGUAUUUGUGCUUGUUUAGGCCUGAUAGAGUUAAGGCAUUUGUGUGCCUCAGUGUCCCUUUUAGGCCAAGAAAUCCCAAGAUCAAACCUGUUGAGGCCAUGAAAGCUUUCUUUGGAGAGGACUACUACAUGUGCAGAUUCCAGGAACCAGGAACAAUGGAAGCUGAGAUAGCAAAACUUGGUGCUGCACAAGUAAUAAAGAAGAUUGUGACUGAUCGUGCACAGGGACCACCAUGCUUGCAGAAAGAAAACGCAUUUGGAACAGAACCGGACAGUUCAAUCCCAUUGCCUUUCUGGUUUACAGAGGCAGACCUUACUUACAAUGCCAACAAAUUUGACCAGAGAGGCUUCACUGGAGGGCUGAACUACUACCGCGCUCUGGAUUUAAAUUGGGAGCUAACGGCGGCAUGGACCAGCGCACAGGUGAAGGUACCAGUGAAGUUUAUUGUGGGGGAUCUGGACAUGGUGUAUACAACACCAGGAGUUAAGGAAUAUAUAGCAAGUGGUCUGUUCAAGAGGGAUGUGCCAUUGUUGGAUGAGGUGGUGGUAAUGGAAGGUGUGGGCCACUUCAUCAACCAAGAAAGAGCAGAGGAGAUCAACACUCACAUCUAUGAGUAUAUUAGAGAGUUCUGAUUCAGUUUCUUGUUCAAUGCUGGUUUUCUUGAUGAAUCCAUUCAAUGUUUGAAACAUUCACAUGUCGUUAAGCAGUUUGUGU